CAAUGUGAAUGUACUUCAAUGCUCAUAUAGCAUUUUAAAAUUUAAAAAAUGGAAUUAAUGUUAAAAGUAAAAGAUGACUUUCUGAAACUUUCAAAUAUUUGCCGUGCUUGUUUGGAGAAAUCACCAAAAAUGAAGUCAUUGUUGGAAAAUAAUUCGGAAGUUACCAAUCUUUUAACUAAAUUUGCAGCCGUUUCCAACUUAGAGAUAGAGUUUAAUGUCAGCUGUGCCCCUUAUUUAUGCCUUGUCUGUGAGGAUAAAAUUAAUCGCGCUUAUGAGUUUCAAGUUAUGUGUAAACAAUCCUACAAAUUUAUUGAAAAUUUAGUGAAUGGAAACUCAAAUUGCACGAACUUGGAUGCUGAUUCGUCAGCUGAUCACAUAACAAAUCUCGAAUCAUCUGAAGGUAUUUUACCUUGGCCCAAUUUAAGUGAAAAGAUAGCUACUGAUGUUUCUGCCGAAGACAGCUUAGAAAAUGAAACAAAACUCGCCAAUAAAAAAUCACUUUCAAAUGAACAGGUCAAAUUGGCUAUAGAAAAUGCCAAAGUUAAUCUAUGGUGUCACAAAAAUUGUUGCCUUUGCAAUUUUUCUGCUACUGAUAGCAAAUAUUUGCCUAUACAUUUUUCAAGGGAGCACAGGUAGAUUAAUUGUUGUGCAAAUCUCUGUUUGGUAUGAAUUUAAUUUUUCAUGUGGGUUGGAUAGUUAUUUCCUGUGUUGCAAUACUUCCCAUCUUCCAACACUCCAAACUAGUUUCGCUUCUGUAAAUGCAAAUUGCUAUAUUUUAGGGCACAUGAAGAUAAUUGGUGUUCCAUUUGUAACAAAAUUGUUUGUAACUUGCAGUUACAUUAUACAGAACACUAUGACACAUUUCGUUGUGUCCUUUGCAAUGAUGUUCCACUUGGACCUCAAAAUUUAUUGAAGCAUUUGCAAGAUCAUUUAAACAAAUGGGGAAAUACUUACUUAGACCAAAGGUCUUUAAAGGAUCAUUUGAAAAGACACUACAUUUGUGGAAAAUGCAACAAUCAGUUUCAUAAUUUUAAUGAUUUUAAUGAUCAUGAGUGUCCAUUAGAGAAAGAUCGGAUUGGUCCUGUUGAAAUUUCAAAAAAAAACAAUGCGAAUCAGCAAAUGAGAUUAAGCCAAUAUUCAGUAGAUGAAGUUGACCGGGCUCUCAACCAAAUAAGAGAAACUUUCAACAAACAUGUGACAUGCAUUUGCUGCAAUUUCAUUGCGACCAAUAGUAGAAGUUUGUCAGUUCAUAUGACAAGGAUUCACAGGGAAUUGAAGGAUUUGUGGUGCUCUUCUUGCAAUCAGUUUGUGAAUGACUUAUUGGAACACGGUAGACAAGAACAUUCAGAGGAUUUAAGAUGUCCAUUUUGUCUAAAAAUUAUGUCUAACAUGAGCCAUUUGAUGGAGCAUGUAGCUAGUCAUUCAGCAGAGAGAAUACAUAAAUGCUUUAUUUGUCAAAAGUCGUUUAUAUCUGCCCGCAAUUUGAAGAAACACAAAGAGAUACACGACAAAGACAAGUCGUUUCGAUGCAAGGUUUGCCACAGGAACUUCACCGAAAGCAAGGCAUUAAUGACCCAUCUAAAGGAUCAUGUUAAAUGUGAAACGUGCGAAAUGGUAUUUGAAAACUCUGAGCUGUUUUGCAAGCACUCCUGUCGCGGUGAAAAAAUAGAAAUUGAAAGUGGCAACAAAGAAGCUCAGAAUUUCUGCAGGCAAUGUAACAAAAAAGUGAGAAGUCUGGCAGCACACGUUAAUAGAAUUCACACGAAAUCUGAAAGGGGUGCCGAAUUCAAACACCUGUGUCCCCAUUGCGGUAAACAAUUUAGAACGGUUUCCAAAUUGAAUGUGCACAUCAGGGUGCACACAAACGAAGCGCCCUACAAAUGCCAAUAUUGCGAUCGCAGGGUUAAAACUAGGAACGUUUUGGUGGUCCACGAACGCACCCACACAGGAGAGAAACCCUACAUAUGCUCCGUUUGCGGAAAGGGCUUCUCUCAAUCAACCAUUCUAAAUACCCACUUGCGAAUUCAUACGGGUCGGCCGGAAAAGUGUACCAUUUGCGACAAACGGUUUUGCAGAGCUGCUGAAUUGAAACUCCACAUGAGAAAACAUACUGGUGAAAAACCUUACUCUUGUAACCAUUGCGGUCAGAGCUUCAAACAAAAAAGCCAUUUGGUCGAGCACACUAGAAUUCAUUCCGAAGACAGGCCCUACAAGUGUGAAUACUGCAAAAAGGCGUUUAAAAACUUGGGAACCCUCAGGACUCACGUGCAAAUUCAUUUAGGUCAAAAGCCAUAUAAAUGUAGCCAGUGCCCGUACGCGUGCCGUCAGCCAUAUAGCCUGACCCAGCACAUGCUACUACAUGAUGACGACAAACCGCAACCAGAUAAUCCGUAUAUUUGCUCCAUCUGUCGAAGGAGUUAUAUCACUGUAGCUCAUUUCACUGCGCAUUUUAUUAAGUAUCAUAGUGAGUCUUCGGGAAGAACCAUCAAAGAAGUGAUGGAGAAAGGGGAGAACAAUUUGGAGGCCCAUAGGCAGUCCUCAGAUGAUGAUACUGUCGAUGCCAGGUCGGACGACUCCCAUUAUGUUUGUUAAUUUGGAAGAAUCUGCCAGUAUACAGCAUAGUGAAUAUCAAUAAAUUGUAUCU